CUCCGUGAGGAGAACCGGGGCCGCCGUGAGCCGCCUUGCAGCUCCGUGAGGGGAACCGGGGCUGCCGUGAGCCGCCUUGCAGCUCCGCGAGGGGAACCGGGGCCGCCGUGAGCCGCCUUGCAGCUCCGUGAGGGGAACCGGGGCUGCCGUGAGCCGCCUUGCACCUCCGCGAGGGGAACCGGGGCCGCCGUGAGCCGCCUUGCAGCUCCGUGAGGGGAACCGGGGCUGCCGUGAGCCGCCUUGCACCUCCGCGAGGGGAACCGGGGCCGCCGUGAGCCGCCUUGCAGCUCCGUGAGGGGGAGCGGCCCCUCCGUGAGGGGAACCGGGAACGAGCCCCGCCCGGCCCCUUCGUGAGGGGAUCCGGCAGUGAGCCCAGUCCGGAGUUAUCUCUGUGAAGGGAACCGAAGCGAGGCUUGCAAAAUGUGGAUGUUUUUAACAGUGUGCAUUCAAGGAAAAUACUGGCACAGGCUGUCUAGGACAGUGGUGAAGUCACCAUCCCUGGAAGUGUUCAAAAAACUUGUGGAUGUGGCACUUGGGGACAUGGUAUAGUGGUGACCUUGGCAGUGCUGCAUUAAUGACCUAAAAGGGCUUUCCCAACCUUUAUAAUUCUGACCCUAAAAAACGUGAGAAGGAAAGGAGGAGAGGCAAUCAAAUUUCCAUCAUUUGGUGUUAAAGUUUAAAGAAGGAAAACACUACUAACACUUUUCAGUUAAUUCCCCGUAUCUGAAGGCAUGAAAAAGCAGGGUCCACUGGGUCUACCUGCAGCUGAAGGGCACUAAUGAGCAGCUAUUACUUAUUUGGCUAAAUCCUGUAACCCGAGUCUUCGUGGUGCACACAGGAGAAGGGUGAAUGCUGCUGGAUAAGAGCCUCGAGCAGCCAGACUAAAGAUUUGAUGAAAUGCUCCUAUUAUGAUACUUUGCAGCCUGUAGAAGUUGGUUACCUGAUCCUCUGCUGUACCUGAGCCUCAUUGUUGCAGCUUUUAAUAACUGAAUACCCAGACGACCUGUGAAGGUGCCUUUGAGGAAAGAACUGACGAGAGUCAGUAUUCCCAGCUCAAAAUGGGCAACAAGCAAACCGUUUUCACUCAAGAGCAACUGGAUGCAUAUCAGGACUGCACAUUUUUCACAAGGAAAGAAAUUCUGAGGCUGUUCCACAGGUACCGAGACCUGGCCCCGCAGCUCGUUCCCCUUGACUACUCGGAGAAACCAGCCGUGACACUCCCCUACGAGCUCAUCGGCAGCAUGCCAGAGCUCAAGGACAAUCCAUUCCGCCAGCGGAUAGCAGAGGUGUUCUCAGAGCAUGGCGACGGCAACAUGACUUUGGAUGAUUUUUUGGACAUGUUUUCUGUGCUCAGUGAAAUGGCUCCCCGAGACUUGAAAGCUUAUUAUGCUUUUAAAAUUUAUGACUUCAACAAUGAUGAUUACAUAUGCAAAUCAGACCUAGAGAAAACUGUUAACAAAUUAACCCGAAAUGAACUGACCCCAGAAGAAAUCAGCCUUGUGUGUGAAAAGGUGAUUUACGAGGCUGAUGUGGACAAUGAUGGCAAGCUGUCCUUAGCAGACUUUCAGCAUAUGAUUGUACGAGCUCCAGAUUUCCUCAGCACCUUUCAUAUUCGAAUCUGAAUCUAGUCAACCACGGGGAUGGGAGUGCUUCUGGGACUUUCAACAAGUAUUACUUCACCUCAGAUUACCAGCCAUGAGAGCACAAGAUGAGAGGGGAAAAGAGGACAACUUCUGGUAACUGAAGCACUCAGAAAACUGUCUUUCAUUUAUCUCUUUAAAAGGAACAAUUCAUUAAGCUCUUCAUCAGGAUUUCCCAGUAAUUUAGCAAAAUGUCUACUCCCCACCCUCAGCUAGAGCAAACCUGGCCUGGACAGUCAGAAGGGAAGUAUUUUUUUAAGUUCAGAUACCACCAGGAAGUAAAGAAACUCGUAUCAAACUAUAACCUCUAAAAAUUCACCCAAAAAUGCCUUAACCAGUAAAAAAAUCCCUUUCGUUUCAAACACAUAAGUAACUCCUCUGAUUAUUUAUGGUCUUAAUAAAUGGUCCAAUGAAUCAA